AUGAGUAAUUCUGCUACACCACACACUUGUAUCAUUAUAUGCUGCCACACCACAGGACUAAAUGCAGAAAGGCCACUUGAUCAUGGACGGAAACCUUGGAAGUUGUGUGUUAUUCAUUCAUCAGCUGAUAGGCAUCUAGGUGGUUUCCUAGCUUUUGCCUAUUAUGAAGCAUUACUAUUAACAUUCAUAUUCAAGUUCUGGGCACUCACAUCAUCUUUUCUCUUAGGCUUCCCUGGUUCCAAAAUAUUACACUACAUUCUUUUUACUACCUCCCUCUUCUUCCUCCCCCUCCUCCCCUCCUCCUCCUUCUUCUUCUCAGUGGCAAUAUUGGGAAACACAGUUAUCAUCAUCACUGUCUAUGCUGAUAAAUGUCUGUAGUCCCCCAUGUAUUUCUACCUCAGUCAGCUUUUUGUCCUGGAGAUCCUCAUCACAUCUACUGUUGUCCCUUUUAUUCCCCAGGGAUUGCUGCUUCUAAGGAUUCAAAUACUAUUAUGCACAACUAUAUUUGAACCUUUAUUGAGAAGCUUGGAGCUGGCAUUAAUAAGAGUGAUGGCCAUGGACCAUUACGUGACUGUCUGUCACCCUCUGAAAUACACCCUCAUCAUGAACAACCACACCUGUAUCUGGAUAGUAAUUGUGUCAUGGAUGUUUGGAUUCCUUUUUCAAAUCUGGCCAGUCUAUGCCACAUUUCAGCUUACUUUCUACAAAUCAAAUCUGUUAGACCAUUUUUACUGUGAAUGAGGACAAUUGUUCUAGCUAUUCUGCAAUAACACCCUUUUCACAGAUUUUAUUCUUAUUGGUUCUAUGGUACAUAGAAUUAUCUCCUACACCUACAUAGUCUCUACCAUCCUUAAGAUCCCCUCGGCGUCUGGCCAGAGGAAAGCCUUCUCCACCUGCGCCUCACACUUCACUUAUGUUGUGAUAGGACAUGGCAGCUGCUUGUCCUCUUGGGGGAAACCCAAGCAAACACAGGCAUCUGAAUAUAACAGAGUAGCAUCAUUGCUGGCUUUAGUGGUGACCUCUUUCCUGAACCCUUUCAUCUUUACUCUCAGGAAUGACAAAUUUCCACAGGCCUUUUAAAACGCCAUGAAACACUGCUAUCUGCUUCUCAAGGAUUAGUUCUGUCACAAGGACAAUCUUUACCAUGAACUUGAGUAAUCUGAAAGUAUAAAUUGAAAUCUGAAAUGGCUGCUCCCAUCAUCAAAUAGUAUAUGGUCUACAAGGGAACUUUAAAGUUCUUAGCAUAUUAUACUUUGUAACUAGAUGGCUUCUACACGGGAGAUCACAUCAUUGUUGUUGUUGUUGUUGCCACUGUUGCUGUUGUUAUUUAUUGCUCUCAGGGUAGAACUCAGGGUCCCCUACAUACUAGGCAAGCACUUUAUCCCUUGAGUUGCAACUCACUCCACUCUCACUUUAUUAUUUUUUUAAUGAAUAAGAUGUGCACACAUUUCUGUGGGUACAUCUCACAAAAUAAAUUCAGCAAAUGUAAAUAUAUAAACUAUGUAUGUGUUUUAGAAAACUCGAACCUGUAAUGAGAAAAGAAAGAAAAGCAUUAUUGCUUCUCCUCCUACAGCUGAUAAACAAAGGUCUCAUUCCAGAUGUCAAGAUCAUCUUCCUUUAUAGUGUCCCAUUCUCUCUCAGUGUCCUCUUGCUAUAUAAAGCUAUUGCUACCCUGAAUUCUUCUCAUUAAUGGUAUACUUUAUAAUAAAACUUCUAGAACUUAAAUUUUAAAAUAAUGUGUGUUUAGAUUUCUGAACAGCUAAGAUAAGGGAAAGUAUUCUGUGAUUGAAGAAUUGAAAGAUCAUAGGCUCCUGUACUAUCCCCCUGCAAGUUCUGUGCUAUGUGUCUGCAGAGGGUGUAGUUUCUUAACCCUCCUAUGACUCAAGCAUAUUCUCUUGAUUUCUAUUGAAAAGUCUUGCUCCCUUAGUAUUUGUCUAUGUAUUUUCUCUGGAGGAGUUUAUUUAUUUAUUUUAUUGAUACCAGGAAUCAGACUAAGGGCCUUGUGCUUGCCAGGCAGGUGCUGUGUCACUGAGCUGUAUCCUCGGCCUUCUGGAGGAGUUUAGAAAAGUGAAGUUAUCUCACGGUUCUAGACUUUUUAUACAUUCAGGGCUGGGCAUUUUUUC